AUGAUGGAGCCACUAGUGGAUCUUGAGUUAACCGCUGCCAUCGAGGCCUCUCGCCAAGACAUGUCUCGACAGCAGAACAGACAUCCCUCAUCUCAGGCGUCCCAGGAUAACUUUGUGGAUCUUACGAAUGACUCGGGUAGUGACUCAGACAUUGAAGAAGUAUUCCCCAAAUCAAAGUCUGUGGUCAGUUCUGAGUCAGAAGAUGAUGAGCAGCUGCAACGUGCUCUUGCUAUGUCCAUGGAGCCUAACGAGGAGACCAAAGCCCCUGAGGAUCCACAGCCUAUCAAACAUGCAACUGCCCCGCAUGAGGUCUCCGUACCAUCGGCGGUUUCACUUUUGAGCAUGAACCGGAAGCAGAUGGAGGAGGAGCGUCUUGCACGUCUCGCCAAGCGCAAGGCGGACGACACCUCCUCUCCUCCAACAGCUCAAGUCAGCCGGAAGAUUCCCAGGACCCAUCCCUUGCCAGAGCGUCACCCUAUCAACGCGCGCGGUCCGUUCCAAUCUGGCCCCCAAGCGAGUACGGCUCGAGUGCGAUCUCGCACCGAAGUCUGCCGCCAGUUUGCAUCAAAUGCCACAAAUAUCAACAUCCAACCGACUUCCCGUUCAGUGGCCCAAUGGCCUCUUGGGGCUGUGAAGAAAACGCACAUCACCGGCUUCCCUCGCACUGGAAGCGAAAUCACGAUUGAAGAAGUCAUCCAGCGAGAUGACUUGGAGUUGGGCGUAUUUAGCUCGUUCCUGUGGGACAUGCCGUGGCUUUAUUCCAAGUUUAACAACUCAUACACACGAAUCAUAUUUGUCAUGCAAGCAACUGACGAAGAAACGCGAGAGCAAUAUCGCCAAGACGUUAGCAACAUGCCCAAUUUUCGCUUGUGUUUCCCACCCAUGGAGCCUCAAGUAUUCUGCAUGCAUUCUAAGCUGCUUCUGAUGUUUCACCCUGGAUAUCUUCGCAUCGCAGUCCCCUCCGCCAAUCUCACUCCUACCGACUGGGGAGAGGAUAGGCUUAUGGAAAACACUGUAUUCCUUAUUGAUCUUCCCAGACUCGAAGUUCCUGAUGAUGGCAAGACCCCAUUCUACAAAGAACUAGUCUACUUCCUCCAGGCAUCCGACCUCCACCGCAACAUCAUCAAGAAGCUAGACGAGUUUGACUUCAGCGAGACGAAGCGGUACGCAUUCGUUCAUACAGUUGGCGGAACAAACACCGAUGGCAAUUGGCAACGCACCGGAUUCAGCGGCUUGGGUCGUGCUAUCAAGACUCUCGGCCUAGAGACAAACGCACCUAUUAACGUCGACUAUAUCGCCUCAUCGCUGGGAAAUCUCAACGCUCCAUUCCUGCGCUCCAUCUACCUCGCUUGCAAAGGUGACAAUGCUCUAUUGGAUUACGAGCUUCGAACCGCGAAUAAGAAAAAGGAACCCCCCGCAGAAGUAAUAGCGCAUAACCAAGAAUGUCUCGACCACUUUCGCAUUUACUUCCCAUCAGACGAGACCGCGCGAGAUGUGCACCCCAAUGCUAAAAACGCCAUUGGCACAAUAUGCUUCAAUCCAGCCUGGUGGUCGGGUACCAAUUUCCCGCGUGACACGCUUAGAGACUGUGUCAGUGAGCGUGGAGUCUUCAUGCAUAACAAGCUUGCCUUCGUCCAUCCUUCCACCCCGAUCGAUAUGCCCGAUAACAAGGAAUGCCAUGGGUGGGCUUACGUGGGGAGUGCUAAUUUGUCAGAGAGUGCAUGGGGCCGUAUCGUCAAGGAUCCCAAGACGAAAAAGCUCAAGAUGAAUUGUCGGAACUGGGAAUGCGGAGUCGUUGUACCUAUCAUCAGGGAGAAGAAGACUGAGGAGAAAGGUAAGGGACCAGGAACGCAUGGCAUUAUCCCUCCCGCUCCUCUUCCAGUCGAUGUCUUCAGGGAUACCGUUCCUGUCCCGAUGAGAGUGCCCGCUGUCCCGUUGUCGGAGCACCGGAGGCCUUUCUUCUUUGGGGUUUGA